UAAUCUGGACACCUGAGUGGUGUAAACAUUUAUUUCCAUUAUUAAGUACGAAAGUAGAAUAUGCGUCACGUGAAAUGCGCUUUUGUGUGAGCAAGCAAACAAACAAAAUAAUGGUUUGUGCUUGAGAUUCGACUCACUUUUGAACAGUUUCUGUGUCGGUUCGUUCAUCGCCGCACCGAGCAAAAAAAAAAAAAAAACGACUGAUAUGGACGCCGGUGUAGAAGAUGGCAGAAGAGAUGUGUUCGGGGGAUUUUAGGCGGAUUGGAGGUCAGAAUUUGUUUCGAGGAUAAUCACACAGAAAAGUUGCAUCCUGUGUGUGAGCCAAGUUCCUUUUUUUCGGAAUAAAAUCAAGCGAGCCGGCGAGUGUGUUAUGGUUUCUGCCCAGCUCCAGUCCCUCUGCCUGACGGCCCAUAGCGGCGUACAGCACCGGGCAUGACCGCUGGCUCUGAACAGUGCCACAUUUUCUGACUUUUCUGCCUAUUUUUUGUAGGAAUAUCGAUUAAAUCUAACGCUAUGAUUUCGCCAAUUUGACUGAAUCCACUGGCUUUGGGUUAGCAAGUGUGGCUACAUGGUAGCUAGCUAUGUGUGUGUAUGCGCGUUUGUAUGUGUGUGCGCGCGCGCGCGCGUAGGUGCUCGCGCGUGUGUAGGGACAGCCUGCUUAAAUGACUGGAUGUGAUUGAAUGGAGAUUUUUUUGUAGAUCUUUGUUCUUUUUUGGUAUUUAUUUUUUCUAAAAACGGUGAAAACAUACAAGCAUACUUUAUUAAGCUUUAAGCUUUUCUACGAGAGACCGUGAGUCAAACUAAUCUCAUUCGGUUUAAUGCCACUGAAAACUUGAAUAAAAUCGAGCAAAUGGACACCAAAAAAUUAAAAUAUGUCAUAAAUUAUAUAUUUAAUCACACCAGUUAUAACAGGAUUAAAUAAGUAACCUAAUUCUCACACGGUCUGCUUUCUGAAUGGACACAAAUUGAUGAAAUUUGUUGAAUAAUUACCGUGUUAUAAACAGAUCAUUCAUUUAUGUUCGCCGAAAUCCACUCCUCAGUCCUCAUUACCCUUUUAAAUGAUUUUAUUGUAGCCACUAAAGACUUUAAAUUUGAUUUAUUUCAUUACUUUGAAAGGUUUGAAGUGAAUUUUAAGUGAAUUUCAGGUCACGGUGAACUUAUUGAACUUGAACCUUAGCCUAGCAGCUAGAGUCAGUCAUAGCUGGUGAAAAUAAUAUUAAGUUUUAAAGUCAAACUUGCCAACCAAGUGGCUACUUUAAAAACCAAUAAAGAAAAAAUGACCAGUCCAUUCGAGUAGAAGAACCGUCCCAACAUGCUAAUAAUGCUAAUUAGCGUUUAUGCAAAUAACAGUUGGGCGCGAGCUGGUUAGAAGUCAGAGGUUAGCCCGCUAGCUAGCUAGCAGUGUUAGCUCUCUGGUUCGAGGAGAUGUCGCAAGAUCGAUGUGCUUGUGAGGUUUUUCACUGUAGGUGACAUUUUUUCAUUGUAGAUGAAUAACAAAUCAACUAUUUGAGACAGGUGUGGCUGAAGUCUGUAAGACAGGUUUUUGUUAUUUUUCCUUUUAAAUUUUUACCUCAGCCGGGUUUUCCCACAGCGUGCCAUGGAGGCAGCAGGCACGCGCUCCACAGUCCGCGGCACGCGCUCCGCUCAGCAGCAGCAGUGUGUUUAAUCCAGCCUGAGAGUGGUUAUAUGUUGUGUUUGUGUGUUGUUGGUUUUUUUUAUUUUUGUGCAAUGGCCUAUCUAAAUGGACCCAGAUUACUGGACUGGGCGAACUCUCCUCCUCAUCUCCAGUUCAAUAGAUACGUGCUGACCGGAUACAGACCCAUCUCCUCCGUGCAGGACUGCAUCAGGAGCCUGUUCUACCUGCACAAUGAGCUGGGAAACAUCUACACACACGGCAUCCCUCUGCUGUGUUUCUUGGUGCUGCUCCCCCUCAACAUGCCCUGGUCUCAGAUCAGUGUGACAUGGCUGGGCGUGGUCCACUUCCUGGCCUGUUUGUCUCCUCAGCUCGGCUCUGUCCUCUAUCACCUGUUCAUGAACCAUGAGGGAGGAGAACCGGUCUACAAAAAACUGCUGACUUUAGACAUGUGCGGCAUCUGCAUGAUUAACACACUGGGCGCUCUGCCCAUUGUCUACAGCACGCUGCUGUGCUACCCGUUGCUGCGUGGCGCUGCCCUGCUGGGCUACAUCGGUCUGUCCAGUUAUGCCAUCUACUGCGCAGUGACAGCUCGGAGCAGUGUGCGCCGCUUGCGCUCGUUCGCCGGCCAGGCACUGUUUCGCUUCUUCUUCCUGGGGCUGCGGUGGGUGGGAGUAGGCGGGGGAAGCCCCAAGUCUCUACGCCACUUCCUCACCAUGGAGGCGCUGGCGGUGUCGGGCGGAGUCAUCAACAUCGCCCGAGUGCCCGAACGCUUCUGCCCUGGUCUCUUUGACUACUGGUGCAACAGCCACCAGAUCAUGCAUGUGCUGGUGGUCGGCUCCAUCCUCUCGCUGCACUGGGGCGUCCUGGACGACCUGCUGUGGAUCGACACAUAUGACUGUCCGGCAUACUGACCUCUGACCUCUGGGUUGGGGUUUUUCCAGGAAUCAUACGACUGGACUUGAGAUAAUUGUUUGUUUUGUUUUGUUUUAUUUUUUUAGAAUUUGACAUGCAUCAGGUUUUCUUUAGACUCAGGGAGGGGUCAGGAGCUCUGACCUUUGACCUCUUGACUCUUGUUUUUAUCCAGGGGGUUUGUGAUUCAUAGGAUUCAUUUUGCAAACUCGGAUUCCUGUGUAGAGCUCUGACCUAUGACCUCGGGGUGCAGAUUAUUGUUCAUCCUUGCAGUUUGACAUGCAUUAAGCACUGAUAAGGGUGG